AUGAGCAGUGAAGCCGACAUAACUCAUGGUGUCCCUCAAGGUUCAAAGCUGGGACCAAUACUUUACCUUUUAUAUGCAAAUGAUUUAAUUACCAUAUUAAAGAACAGUAACACAUUUGCAUACGCGGAUGACACAGCUAUCAUUGUUGCUAAUAAAGACUUAAACAUAGCAACCAACGUAAUGCAAAAUGAGUUAAAUAUAGCAACAAAAUGGUGUCAUGACAAUGGGUUGAUUAUCAAUGCCACCAAAACCAAGCUUAUGCACAUCAAACCUCGGCAUUUUAGAUACACAAAGAUAUGCCUUAAAUUCCAUGAAAUCAACUGUAUCCACAACGAUAAUUCAAGUAAUAAUGAUAAUUGUUCAACAGUAAUCGAAUUGGUAAAUACAUACAAAUAUCUGGGUGUGCAUAUAGACCACAAUUUUAAAUGGCGCACACACAUUGAAGAAGUACUAAAACAAAUAAGAAAAUCUUCGAUUAUGCUAUAUCACCUAAGCAACUCUGCUACAUACAGCGUAUUGAGGCAAGCUUACUUCUCAUUGACGGAGUCAUAUAUCAGGCACGGUAUUACAGCAUGGGGAAGUUCAACGUACUGUAAUAUUAUCCAAAACUCCCAAAAUAGAGUAUUAAAGAUACUUUGGGAUAAUUUUCAAAAGUCCAAAAAGUAUAAAAACAACAACACUAGCACAAACAACAACAUUAGCCCAAACAACAACACUAGCCCAAACAACAACACUAGCUCAAACAACAACACUAGACAAAAUAACAACAAUAGCCCAAACAACAACACUAGCUCAAACAACAACACUAGCUCAAACAACAACACUAGCUCAAACAACAACAUUAGCCAAAACAACGACAUUAGCACAAACAACAACACUAGCCCAAACAACAACACUAGCCAAAACAACAACAUUAGCCCAAACAACAACAACACUAGCCCAAACCACAACACUAGAUCAAACAACAACACUAGCCAAAGCAACAUUAGCCCAAACAACAACAACACACUAGCCCAAACAACAACACUAGUUCAAACAACAACACUAGCCCAAGCAACAACACUAGCACAAACAACAACACUAGCCAAAACAACAACAUUAGCCCAAACAACAACACUAGCCCAAACAACAUCACUAGCCCAAACAACAACAUUAGCCCAAACAACAACACUAGCCCAAACAACAACAACAAUACUAGCCCAAACAACAACACUAGCUCAAACAACAACACUAGCCAAAACAACAACAUUAGCCAAAACAACAACACUAGGCCAAACAACAUUACAAAUAACAACAUCAACUCAAGCAAUAAUACAAAUAACAACACUAUCGCAAACAACAACACAAGCUACAACACUAAUUCAAACAACAACACCGGAACAAACUACAACACCACCACAUAUAAUAUUGGUACAAACAACAAUACCAGCCUAA